GUGAUUGAAAGUACUGCUAAAGGUUCAUUGCCACCUAGACCAAAUCGAUAUUCUACAUUAGGCCAAAAACAAUCCGCAUCUGUUUCGAUAUCUGUUUUGAAUUUAAUAGACUUAGCUGGUUCUGAAAAGGCAGCUAGUUCAGCCGAUCGUCGAAAAGAAGGUGCUUUUAUUAAUAAAAGAAUAAAAAAAGUGGUUACUAGAGCACAGACAAACACGGUAAUGGAUGAUAAAGCUCUAUUGCAAAAAUAUCGUAUGGAAAUUGAAGAGCUCAAAGCUAAACUUGAAAGAACUAAUGGAGCAAACCAUGAAGAGAAGGAGUCAGAGUUAUCUCAAAUGUUGCAACAAGAAAAAGCUAAACAUGAAGAAGAAAUGAUGGAAGCACAAUUGGUUCGAACAGCUUUGAAAGAAAGAAUCGAUCAUCUUACCAAGUUAAUCUUGACAAAUUCGUCUUUCUCGGGCAGUGCACAACAACCAACUGCGACACGUAAACCGGUAAUCGAUCACGCUAGUAGUGUUGGACAGGUUAGCGAAUUUGAUCAGCUCGAAAGUCAACUUGAAGCAAAGAAUGUGACAAUCAACCUACUUAAAUCUGAUGUUGAGAGCAAGAAUCAGAUGAUUGAACAAUUAAAAACUGCAAAUGUAAAGGCAGAACAAUCAAUAAAAGGAUUAAAUAAUAGAUUAAAAGCAAAAGAUGAAGAAUUGCAAAACCUUCAUAAUGAAAACCGUAAGUUAAAAACUGUUAUUGAAGAACAAAUAGGGAAGAUUAGAAUAUAUGAAGACGAUGGUAAAGUCAAUGGCCACUCGCGUAGUGGAAGCCGAGAAUAUAGUGAAUUGAGCAAGACUAUACAAAGGCAACGUAACAUUAUCAACGAGCUAGAGGAGGAAAUCAAAGCGAACAAGUUGAUUAUUGCCAAUCAAAAAGAAAUGCUUCAUCGGGCAGAGCUUUCGCAGCUACAAAAUAAUGCGUCGAUUAAUCGUGUUAACGAACGUCGGAUGGAAAGUGAUGAAUAUUCAACUCUAACUCGGGAGAAUACGCGGGGUAAUGGUUCGGGUAAUGGAAAGAGUCUUGUGUUGAAAAACCAUUGUUUAAUUACCGAUGAAGCGAUUCUUAUUUUCUUGUUGCUUGCAUUUUCGAUUUUUAAAAUAGUCGAUUGA